GCCCCACACCUCGGUGCCCGAUUCUCACGCGGUGGGUGCCAGCUGUUUGCCCUCCUUGUACAAGCUCUGCCCUGGCCCUGAUGGCCCAGUAGGGGGAGGCCUGGAGAGGCACCCGCCAAGGCUGGCGUCGACCAUCCCCUCCCAGCCCAGGGCAGAGCGGCCCAGGGCCCUGGGAGGGAGGGGGCGCGGCCUCAGGCAGGAGGGGAGGGGCGUGGCCCAGGCUGGUUGGGGAGGGACGUGUGAGUAGCGUCCCCGCCCCGGGAGCGGAAUUCCUGCUGGAGGAGUUAGGCUGGCCUACCCACAGCGCCGCCGCCUAGAAUACAGCUGGCUGACACGGAUCGCUGCGGCUGGGCCUGGCAGACCCUCUUGGGGACGGGACGGCACGCUGGGCCCAGGAGCCACCCGGAGCUGGCACGGCUAUUGGGGCCCGAGUGAAGUUUACUCUGGGGCCUGGAGCCAGGAGGAGGUGGCAGUUGCUGCAAGGUCAGUGCCAGGCCGUGCCCCAGCCCCGGAGGGCCACACUGACCUUCACAGCCCCAGCCUCCCCCGUCGCCGCCCUGGGGUCCCCACCCACCCAUCCCGACCCCUGCCUUGGAGGCACCGCCCCUGAACUGUGCCUUGGGGCCCCCACUCAUGGCCCUGCUGGCCUCAGCUCUGGGCUCACCAAUCUGCCUUUGGCCUCCCUGGGCCCUGAGCGCCUGGACCCGCUGCGCCAAGUGCUGGUAGAUGAUGGGUCGGAUGGCGGGGCCCUUGGGAGCCCCCAGGGUGCCAGGACUCCAGACAGUGAGCCCCUGCUGGGGGCCGCAGCCAUGGCCCGCCCCUGGGCCAGGCCCACAGAGGACGAGGAGGACGAGGAGGAGGAGGAGGAGUGCCCCAUUUGCACUGAGCCCUACGGGCCCGGAGAGCACCGCCUCGCCCUGCUGAACUGCGGCCACGGCCUGUGUGCUGGCUGCCUGCACCGGCUGCUGGGCGCAGCCCCCAGUGCUGACCUGGGCCGGGUGUGCUGCCCGCUGUGUCGCCAGAAAACACCCAUGCUUGAGUGGGCGAUCUGCCGGCUGCAGGAGGAGCUGCUACAGGCCGAUGGGCCCCAGCGCCCUGCGCCCGCUGCCCUCCGCAUGCCCCCCCACCGGGGCCCCGGGCCCUGGGCCUCCCUAGAGCACCGCUACCAGCUGCGCUUCCUGCCGGGGCCUGUGGGCAACCGAGGCUGCCUGCCCUUCCUGCCCUGCCCACCCUGCCUGGGCACCUGGCUCUGGGCCCUACGGGAACGGGGGCCCUGCGCCCGCCGCCUGGCGCUGCUGGGCCUGCUGGCCCUCGAGCUGCUGGGCCUGCUGCUCAUCUUCGCUCCGCUCGCGCUGCUGGGGCUGCUCUUCGUGCUGCUGGACAGCUCCCGCCACUAAGCAGAGCCCGUCACGUCCGCCACCAGCACGGCCUGGGUCUGGGACAGCCACGGCCGCCAGCGGACAGGAGGCCCAGACUGGCCCGAGCCUUGGUGCCAUGGGGCCUUGGGAGCACCUUGCCCUGAGGCCCGAUGACCAGGCUGAAGGACCCAAGGGUGACCGGGGCACUAGCCUUCAACCAAGACCCAGCACCUGGGCAGGGAGGGCCACCCAGGAGCCUGUGUUCAGCAUCUGACCCAGCCAGAGACUCCAGACUGCCCUGCUGCCCGGACAUGAGCCACUGGUGCCCAGGACAGGACUGGAGGAGGUCUGUGACCAGGGCCCCAAGUGCCCCUCGAUGGACAGGCCCCACACUGCUGCUGGGCUGUCUCUGCCCUCCCGCCUGGCCUGUUUGCAGGAGCAGGACGGACGGGUGCAAUGGACAUGAAAGUGAACAGAGGCCUGGCAGGGAGUCGAGUCCUUGGAGUCGAGUCCUUGCAGGCCCCCCACCUGCCCACGUUCCAGAUAAGGCCCAGCGUGUGUUCCCUGAAGGUCAGGGUAGCUGAGGGGAGGGCCCCUGCCGCACAGGCCCAGCCCACAAAGGGCCUGCUCACCUGGCCAGUCAGGAUCCGAGUGGCGGCCCUGAGCAGCCGGAGGGUCAGCACAUGCCCCUCAGCUUCAAGGGACGCGGGCCCAGCCAGGCCCUGGAGACACAGAGCACCAAGCUGGGCCCCAGUUCUGCCCCCGCCUCCUCUGUGACCUCCCUUCGUGGAGCUGGGGACUUUAUCUGAAGGACAGGCGCCGUCACAGCACCACCUCCUGGGCUUGUUGGUGACAUGCUGAGCCCUGUGCCCAGCGCGCAAGAUGGCUCUCGGUCGUCCCGGUGCCAGACAGGAGGCCCUUCUCUGGUCCUCAUACCUGAUUGUGACUGCGGCCA